CAUUUGACUGCUUGGACCUAAAAAAAUUCGACCAGGACCUUUAGCCAACUCCCUUAUUAGAUCUUCACGAACGAGAAGACUCGAUCGGAAGGCCAAAAGAAGAUGAAGAUCACUGUGUUGACAGCCGACGAACAAAUUAUUACCCUCGAUGUCGAUCCAGACGAAACUGUCGAGAACUUGAAAGCUUUACUGGAAGUUGAGACACAAGUAUCUCUUCAGCAACAAAAGCUGCUAUUUAAUAGGAAGGAGACGUUGAAUGCUGAUAAGCUAAGCAGUCUUGGCAUCAAUGAUGGAGAUUUGGUAACGAUGGAGAGGGUGUCUCCAUCAAGUGCAUCUACCAAUGCCUUAGGCAUCAAUCCAGAUGGUUCUGCAGUGAACCCUUCAGCAUUCCAACAACAUUUGCGGAAUGAUUCCAAUUUGGUAGCUCAACUGUUCCAGAAUGAUCCUGAGCUAGCACAAGGUAUUCUCGGGAAUGAUAUCAACAAGCUACAAGAGAUUCUUCGUUUACGUCAUAAGCAGAGAACAGAGCUCCUUCGCAAGAAAGAUGAGGAAAUGGCACUACUUUAUGCCGAUCCCUUUGAUAUAGAGGCACAAAAGAAAAUAGAAGAAGCAAUCCGACAGAAAGGUAUUGAUGAGAACUGGGAAGCUGCAUUAGAGCACAAUCCUGAAGCUUUUGCAAGGGUGGUCAUGUUGUAUGUAGACAUGGAAGUCAAUGGAGUCCCUUUAAAGGCCUUCGUUGAUAGUGGAGCUCAGUCAACAAUUAUAUCAAAAAGUUGUGCUGAACGAUGUGGAUUGUUAAGACUCUUAGAUACACGCUAUAGAGGCAUUGCUCGUGGUGUUGGCCAAUCUGAGAUACUUGGUCGAAUUCACGUUGCUCCGAUCAAGAUUGGGGCAGUAUUUUAUCCCUGCUCAUUUCUGGUUCUGGAUUCACCAAAUAUGGAAUUUUUAUUUGGACUUGACAUGCUUCGUAAACAUCAGUGCAUGAUUGAUCUGAAAGACAAUGUCCUUCGAGUGGGUGGAGGGGAAGUCGCAGCACCUUUUCUACAUGAGAAGGAUAUUCCGUCUCAGUUUUUGGAUGAAGAGAAUCAUGCCAAGGAGCUUUCUGCUUCCAGUUCACAAGAACCUCUUCGACCCAAGGAGAACAGUAAUUUGUCUACAGGAGCUCCUUCAGGGAGCUCUAGUCGGGGUGCACCGGAGGAACCUUAUUCUGAAGCGAAAGUUGCCAAGCUUGUUGAGCUGGGGUUUGGAAAGGAUGCAGUCAUACAGGCUUUGAAGUUUUUCAAUGGCAAUGAAGAAGCAGCAGCUGCCUAUCUUUUUGGUGGUUGACCGAGUCACAUGUGAAUUUCACCAACAUUUUUCUUCAUUUAUAUCAUGUAAGGCUCAAACACAGCCUUGCGACCUACAAGACUCAUAAGGUUUGGGUGGUACGAAAAUUUAAUUUAUACACUUCUCCAUUUUCCCUCCAUGCCAUAUGGCAUAUGGGUAAUGUAAAAUUGCAAUAGUGUGUUGGUACUCCUGAAGUCCUGAUGAGGCCAGUUCCUUCGAAUCAACAUACCAGAUAAUGAAAGCUAUAGCAGUUGGCACUGCUUUCUUUCUUUUUUAUUACGGAUAAUAAUAUUUUUAGUGAUACAAGUGUACAACCUAAUGAGUAUUAAGAAACUACCGUAAUAAGAGCAAAACAUGGAAGAAGUUCAUGAAUAAGACCGG